GCAAUUUUAGCUUUGUUUUUGUUUUUCUUCAAAGCUUACGUGGGUCGCAAAAAAUGUCCGAAAAAGUGGGUCGCGAGUCCAAAAGGGUUGAAGACCACUGCCAUAGCCGAUCGUCAAGAAUUUGAGCAGUUUAAAAUCGUGACCAUGAUGACCAACCAUGAUGAAGAUUAUAAAAACAUGCUGGCUGUUUUCCGGACUACCGACUUGCAAACAUUAUUGGGAGCUUUUGGUCAAAAUAAAACAGGACGAAAAUCUGACUUAAAAGAUCGGGCACUUGAAUUAUUAAGAACUAGACCAAUUGGCUUUAACCACGCGGCAUACGGACCAAAAAUAUAUGAAAUAUAUUGUUCCAUUACAGAUUUGCCUCAUAAUGAUGAUAGAAUGAUACACGGCUCAUUACAAACCCAACAGGGACAAAUGACGACCAUGGGGCAGACACAGGCUCCAAAACCAAGAAUGUACCAACCUCCACCACAAUAUCCUCAACAGCCAAUGCAUAUGACCCGAGCUGGGUUACCACAGGUUAUGCCGCAUAUUCAAAGAGGCAUUAAUUAUAGUAAUUCAAUUAGACCAAAUACUAUGGCUAACAAUACCAUUCAAUAUAUAUCAGGCAGUUAUCAACCUUCUGGACCUUGUUCUAUUGCGUCAUCUAAUUUAUCCUCAAGUCAACAAAUGAAUGUGGUCUCACAAGAUCCAUUGAGAUAUGAUACGAGAGGAAUGCCAGUUAGAAAUAAUUCGUAUACUCCAUCUCCUGAAACUGUAGCCCUAAUCAAGUUCAAAAAGUUACCACUUUAUGAGGUAAUUGACGAAGUUAUAAAGCCAACUUUUCUAGCCGGCACGGAGAAAUGUACAUUACAAAACUAUCCUAGAGGUAUGAAAGAAUGGCAAUUCAAACUUUUUGUGCCAGCCGAGAACGUCAAUAUGGUUGCCAUGAAUCGUGAUGUUUCCCCAGGAAAAAAUGAGUAUAUUUAUCAGUUCCAGAUUCGAAUUAGUCAGUUAGUGUAUCCUAUAAUUAAUGAGGUAACAGACUAUAUGCCUCUUGGACUAAAAAUUCGGUUUGGUCCGAAAGCAUGUCCAUUACCACCUACUGCUCCUAAUACUCGACCAGGAGCUGAAUCCAGACGAUCUCCAAGACCUAUAAAUUGCACUCAACUUGUCAAACUUUCUCCAAUCACUCCCAACAUGAUCUAUGUAAAUUGGACUCCCGAUGAAAAAAAUUAUGUUAUAGCUAUGUAUCUUGUAAAAAGAUUAAGUUCAGAAACGUUGAUACAAAGACUUAAAGAUAAAGGAGGUAGGAGUUCAGAAGAGACCAAAAACUAUAUAAUUAAAAAGUUAGGGGAAGUGGAUCCAGAUUUGGCCACUACGUCUUAUCGAUUUUCCUUAGUAUGUCCAUUGAGUAAAAUUAGAAUGAAGGUACCUGCUAAAUCUAUACAUUGUGAUCAUUUACAAUGUUUUGAUGCUAGCACAUUUAUUUUAAUGAAUGAGAAAAAGCCAACAUGGAUGUGCCCAACUUGUAAUAAACCUUGUUUGUAUGACGACAUACAAAUAGAAAAUUAUUUUUUGGACGUUGUUUCAAGUCCAACCCUCAAAAACUACAUCACGGAAAUUGAAAUUUUAGCUGAUGGCACAUGGAUAGCUUAUGAAAAAAAUAAAGAGAUAAAAAAUAAGAUACCAAAUAGUACACCUGAUGCAAAAUUAGAACCUAUUGAUUCUGUGGAUUUAGUUAGCGACGAAGAAAAAUCCGUUGAUAUGAAUGUAGAACUAAACACUGAAACUGUCAAACGCCAAGAAAAUGAAAAUUUCAGCUUUGUCGAUUUGACAUUAAGUGACAAUGAAGAAGAACCGCCAAAAGAAAAAGAUAAACAGGAAAAUGAGGCACAGGCUAUUGAUGCUAUACAAACCAGUGGCUGUAGUUGAUUUAAAACCACAAGCUCAAGUACAACCACAACAAGCUAUUACCAGUUCUGAGCAAGGAAUAGUAAUUGUAAUAGACAGACAAGAUAAAAUUAAUUCUUAUAAUGUUAUAUUUAAUACCUAAAUAUUAAGAUUAUAAUAUAAUUAUAUCCUUCUUUUUUAUAUAUUAUUUAAAUAAAAUUUUAAUUUAACAUAGUAAUAAUACAUGCGGUUUAAGAUACUACUUAUGUUAAUGGCCUCAAACUCAAAUUACCAACAGGCCUAUAUAUCAAUUAUAAUAGGUCAAAGGUUUGAGGGCAAAACACUUUUUACUCAUUUUAAUACUAAAUCUAAAAUAAUUGAAAUAAAUGAAGACACCAUUUA